AUGGACAGCAUUGCUGAUCUAAAAGAACAUUUCGACCGAGAGGAACUAUCAAAGCUCGCAGAAACUCCGGCUUUGGCGGCAGAAAGUCACGGUCUAGAUGAGCCGGAUUUUCCUGGGCCAUCCCGGAAGCGACGCCCAUUACUUUUAUACGGAUGUCGGCCUGCAGCUUCGAGGUCAGAGAUUCUAUCUGCUCUGCCGCCAAAGACCGCAGUAGACCGUUACAUCUCUCGGUAUUUCAACCGUCUUGACCUUGUCUCUUCAUCAUCUGUUCAUGGUCCUACAUUUCUCGAAGAGUACAAUGAUUUCUGGAGCAAUCCCGACCGAGCUUCGGCCAUGUGGAUUGGCCUCCUAUUCAGCAUGAUAUGCUUGGCUGUCAUUGCGUCAGACCCGGCCACUGACAUAUCUGAACGGGGACAACAGCAACUUCAAAUCGACUUGUACCGUGAGAAACUGGUACAGUGUUUGCUGAUGGGAGACUACACUCAGGGUGGCGAUCACGCUCUCGAGACUUUCAUAAAUUACGUGUAUGUCGAGUUUCGGAUACACGAUGAUGCGCAAAAAGAUGUCUGGUUUUUGCUUGGUCUGGAGGUGAACUUGGCCAAACGCAUGGGUUUUCAUAGGGAUCCCAAGCACUUCCCCAACAUCACUCCGCUAAAGGCAGAGAUGAGGCGCAGAGUAUGGGCCACCGUUUUGCUCGGCGACAUCUUGAUAUCAGGGCAGAUGGGAAUGCCCCGCAUGAUUCGAGAUGGCGAGUUCGACACGGCCGAGCCUCGAAAUUUGAACGACGAAGACCUGAACGACGAGAUGACCUGUUUACCACCGCCGAGGCCAGAGACUGAGCAUACAACAGCUCUGGGGAUCAUUGCACAAAGGAGGCUUCUUAUCGCCCUUGGAACCAUCUCCGACCUUACCGCAUCCGUCAGUCCAUGCAGCUAUGCGGAUAUAAUGCGCGUCGACGGGAUUCUACAUCAGGCACGCAUCAGCGUUCCUCCUCCACUCCAACUGAAAACCAUGGCUUCUAGUGUUACUGACUCACCUCAAGUGAUCAUGGCUCGCCUAUUCCUUCGCCAUAUGUUCUGCAAGGGUCAAAUCAUGCUUCAUCGCCGAUUCCUCUUUACAAAGUCAGCUGCAGAGAACCAAGACACGUACUCGUACUCAAGAACAGCCUGUCUAGAUGCCUCUCUUGGAAUGUUGGACAUUCAACAAAUUCUGGACGAGGAAACCUGUCCCGGCGGUCAGCUCUUCAUGAUGCACUGGCGGGUCGGCUCAAUCAUGAAUCACCACUUCUUGACAGCCACCAUGGUCCUCUGCUCGCUUGUCCAUCGAAAGCAAACCCUUGGUCGAGGGGACGAGAUAGGUACGGCGUUGAGAACAGCACGGAGCAUAUGGAUGAGGAAAAGCGACGACUCAGGCGAGGCGAAAAAGGCAGUACAAGCAGUCAGCAUUGUUCUUGCACGAGCUGGGGGUCCCAGGUUUGAUGCCACUCUUAUAGCCGAGCGGCCACCCCAAAAGCCAGCCGGGGGCUUCGGGAGUUCUAAUCGGAGUUUAUUGGAAGACCUUGGGACGCAACAAGAAAUGCUUGAAAAGCAAAUGUUCUGGGUAGAGGCUUUCACGUUGGAUGAUGGCGACCAAAGCGUGGAUCUUUUCGCCGCUGGUAGCGGUGAUAACAGCAACCCGUCCACCGGGACAAUUUACAGCGAACAGGCCGGGGCCACCCUCAAUCAUGAAUACCCAAUGCUCGGAGAAUGGGUGUUUAUGAAUGACCAAGAGCAGUGUUAG